AUGAGCCUUCAUCCCUGUAUCGAGCGCAGAAAUGAAGUUCGACCACGCCAGCAAGCCCUUCAGUGCGACGAUUGCGGCUUUUGGCAGCAUCGUAUCUGCGGGACUGGUAUCGACCAAACCACCUACCGUUUAGCAAUGAUCAGAGAAAGAAUUGAUUGGUUGUGCGUUGCAUGUUCUCUUUCGGCAUCCGAUGGAUCAACACCAACGCUUGUCCACCCAGUUCCUGGAGCGUCUACGGACAGCCUGUCCGUACCAAUAAUGAUAUCGAGGGAUGGCAUAACUCCCUCAACCGACGCGCUGGUGGUAGAGUUCAUCUACCUUUCUACCUACUGA